AUGCUGUGUCAAGACGAGCAAGUGCCGACCCAGUUCGUGGUCGGCGAGUCUUCUGGCUCUGUCAAGGUCUCUUCAGCUUCCAUUAGCCUCCAAACAGCACCAGAUGCUCGUGGCGAGCCAUCACAGUUCACCUUCGAAGCCAUCCGGCCUAAUCUCUUCCGCACUACCUUCACGUCUGCCAAGCACCAUCUCCCACCAUUCCCCAGUGUCCAACGGCCGGAAGCCGACUCCGCUGCCUCGUCAUUCAAGGUCGAGAACACUCCCAACCAGCCGACAUGGAAGGUCGACACUGGUGCCGCAAGCGCCACAGUGGAAUGGAGCCACGCUCCAAAGGUGUCUCUGUAUCUCGAUGGUGCCAAGGAGCCAAUCCACCAGGAUUUGACUUUCCGAUCGUACGCGCUUGACUCUACUGGAGUCGCCCACUAUACAGCGUGGAACAAGGGCACGCUGCAUGUCGGCCUGGGUGAAAAGGCUGCGCCCAUGGACCUCAGUGGACGCGGGUUCAACAUUACUGCGAGUGACACGUUCGGCUACGACGCCUACAAAACCGACCCUCUCUACAAGCAUGUGCCGCUUCUCAUCAAUGUCACGCCGAAGGGAUGUGUCGGUAUUUUCUCCUCUUCUCACUCCAGAGCGACUUGGUGUAUCGGCUCUGAAAUCGAUGGCAUGUGGGGACGCUUCAAGGUGUACCGCCAAGCCCACGGCGGUCUUGAGGAGUAUCUGAUUCUCGGCAAGACUGUCGCGGAUGUGGUUCGCUCUUAUGCGCAGCUUGCUGGAUUCCCGCUCCUCGUGCCACGAUACAUGAUGGGAUACAUCAGCGGUGGCAUGAAGUACAGCAUGGAGGACGAGCCGCGCGCCCACGACUCGAUCCUCAGCUUCAUUGCAAAGUGCAAGGCUCAUGGCAUGCCCACUUCCGCCUUCCAGAUGAGCUCCGGCUAUACCGUGUCAGAGGUCGAGCCUAAGACACGGAACGUCAUGACAUGGAAUUACCACCGCUUCCCGAAUCCUCGAGAGUUCACCCGUGCCGCCCACAAGGAGGGUGUGCGCCUUCUGGCUAACGUCAAGCCCUAUGUCCUCUCCAACCACCCCGAGUACAAGGCACUACUCGAGGCAGGUGCUUUCUUCAAGGAUCCCGCAACUGGCAAGACCGCCGUUGCGAGACUGUGGAGUGCUGGUGGAGGCGAGAGUGGCGAGGGUAGCCAUAUCGACUUCACCUCCAAGGCUGGUUAUGACUGGUGGUACAAGGGAGUCAAGGACCUCAAGGAGGUUGGUAUUGACGCGAUGUGGAACGAUAACAACGAAUACAACAUCCCCAGCGACGACUGGCAGUGUGCGCUGGCCACCGUCCCCGUUCCCGAGGGCGAAGACCGUGCCGACAUUGGACUUUGGGGCAGAGCCAUCCAUACCGAGCUCAUGGGCAAGAGCUCCCAUGACGCCACUGUUGAGAUGGAGCCGAGCCGCCGUCCCCUCGUCCUCACCCGCAGUGCCACCACUGGUACCAUGAGAUACUGUGCCUCCUCGUGGAGUGGUGAUAACGUCACCAGCUGGGAGGAUAUGAAGGGUGCCAAUGCCCUGGCCCUCAACGCGGGCUUCUCCCUGCUGCAAUGCUACGGCCACGACAUCGGUGGUUUCGAAGGUCCCCAGCCAACACCGGAACACCUCGUUCGCUGGAUCCAGCUCGGCAUCCACUCCCCACGAUUCACGAUCAACUGCUACAAGACAAGCCCGGAAGACAACCUCGUCGGCGACGUCAUCGAGCCCUUCCAAUACCCUUCUACGACGCCCAUCAUCCGCAAGGCCGUCCGCAGACGGUACGAGCUGGUGCCAUAUACCUACUCGCAAGCGCUGCUGUCUCAUCGUGAUGCGACGCCGCCACAAAGGUGGACGGGCUGGGGCUACGAGAACGACCCGGAGGUCUGGACCAAGAAGAUCUACCAGGGCGACACGCAGUUCUGGUUUGGCGACGCGCUGAUGAUCGCGGGCGUCUACGAGCCGGGCGACUCAAUCGCACGCGUCUACCUCCCCGACAGCGGCGGCGACCCAGGCUUCCUCAACACCAACGCGCCAUACCAGUACCUCAAGGCCGGCGCGUGGCACGACAUCUCUUCAACCUGGCACACGUCGAUCCCCGUCAUCGCGCGCAUCGGCUCCGCCAUCCCUGUCGGCAAGCCCGAGCCCACCGAGACUGUCGCCGAGACGGACCCAGAGUUCCCCGAUGUCGUCAAGGACGACUGGCGCGGUGUCGAGAUCUUCCCGCCCCCGCUCAUCGAGGUGCCAGACCUGCCCGACGGGUUCGGCCGGCUCGAGCUCAAUGGCAAGGUCGAAGGCCGCGAGUUCUCCAGCACGUGGCUCGAGGACGAUGGUUUCAGCACCGCCGAAAAGUCCGAGGUGUUUGAGACGACGAUCGCGUACAAGGCCGCGUCGGAUGCGAUCACGGUGCGCCUGGAGACCAAGAAGGCCGGCGCCUUCGAGCCGCUGUGGCUCAAGAACGGCGUCGACAUCAUCCUGCCCGUCGGCGAGCACCGUGAGGUCAAGGUCGAGGGCAAGGUUGCUGGCGUCGAGCAGCUCAAAGCUGAUGACAAGGAGCGCUCUGUCUGGCGGAUCACAGGUUUCGCGUAG